UGUCUCUUUUUGCUCUAUGAUCAAUAGAUGCUGUUUCAAAGUCUAUACUCUCCCUGAAUCCCUCAUGGAGAAUUUUCAUAGGAGAGAAUGUGACACUUCACUGUGAGGGAUUCACCACUUCAGGGAGCAAUCAGACCCAGUGGCUCCACAAUGGCUCUAGCAUCUCAGUCCAAACUCCUACUUAUGACAUCACUUUUGCCACCAUGAAUAUGAGUGGAGAAUAUAUGUGCCAGAAUGGUGAUUCUGCCUUCAGUGACCCUGUGUAUCUGGGCAUCUACAGUGACUGGCUACUUCUCCAGCCUUCACUUGCAAUCAUAAAAGAGGGAGAACCAUUAGUCCUGAGUUGCCAUGGUUGGAAGAAUCGAACUGUCUACAAGGUGACUUACUACCACAAUAACAAAGCCCUAAAAUACUGGUAUGAGAACCACAAAUACUACAUCUCUUAUGCCACAGUCCAGAACAGAGGCUACUACUACUGCACUGGCAUUCUAUGGAGAAUACCCUACACCUCAAAACCUCUAUAUAUUGAUUUCAAAGGUACUCUCAGCUACUUGCAAUUCUUAUUCCCUCUGGUUACGGGAAUCCUGUUUACUGUGGAUACAACUUUAUUGGUUUUGACAAAGAAGCAACUCCAUAAUCUCUCUGAAAAGAAGAAAGUUUUGGCACCGAAAAGUCCUCCAAGAGACUGAUCCUGAGACUGAUGCUGAGGCUGAUCCUGAUCCUGAUCCUGAUUUUGAUCCUGUUCUUGAUGCCAUUUUCACUGAUAUCUGAUGUCAUAACACAAGCAACAGAGCUUCAAGACCGUGGAGCAGACAUUUGGAAAUAGGACUCAAGAAAUUGUUUUCAGAGUCCUCAAGUCUACUAUUAUCUACUUCCUUUUAUUCCUAUCAUUCUCUUCCUCCUUUAUCCUUGUUCUUGAAACAUAGAGCUUCAGAACUUUCCAAGUUUUCACUUCUGUCCACCUUCUUUCCUUCUUCUGUUUGACUUCAGUCAGCAGAGUGCCCUAAUCUUUCCCCUCACACCAAGAGGGUAGUUGUGAAGUAAAGCAAGGACAGCAAUGACAGAAAUAAACUAAAAUGUUUCAUGACUAUGCAAGGGGGUGUUAACAUAUGAAAUAAUGAUACUGUUCUAACUUGGA